ACGACUUGACCGGUGGACGCGAGCGCGGCCGUUUUUCGGCCAACUUAUUUCUCUCACCUUAGCCUUCGUCAGUAUUACUUCAACCGUGUGUUAGUGUGGUGUUAAUUCAGCAAUGGCUAAAGACGUGUUUGUUAUCGUGUGUGUUGCACUGUGUUUACAGCUUGCGUUAUGUCAGUUUGGAUUUUUCCCUCAACGCGAUGAUCGUCGAUUCAAUGUAUUUGGAGCUGUACAGAAUAUUCUAGAAAAUCCACGGAGAACCUUACAAAAUGUACUCAACUUCGGACCAGAUAGAAAUCCAAACAGACCAGGUAUAAAUGGCCAAUAUUACGAACAAUAUGGACGACCAAACUAUCCAAACUAUCCUAAUGAAUAUUACUAUAGAAAUAUAAGAUAUCCUAAUAGAGAUUUUAAUAAUGGAAGGGAUAUAGUAUUCGAACCUACAAACAAUCCUUUCCAAAAUAAUUAUCCAAAUCAAGGAUUCAAUACCAGACCUAACGAAGAAUACGUAAAUGUACCUAAUUUUGGAAACAACAAUCAUAAUUCAAUCCCUUCCACAGAUUCAAAUGGGCAAAAUAAUUUCGAUAUUAAUAUAAAUAUUCCACAAUUUGACUCCGAACAAAAUAACGGAAUAUCGACUAAUCCACCUGGUAUCGAUGAGAAUAAUGUAACAACUGCACCUCAGUUUGAAUCUUAUAAUGGAAUACCAGAUUUACCAGGCGUACCAGGUGCACCAGGUGUACCAGGUGCACCAGGUGUACCAGGUGUUGAGAAUAAUAAUGGAAUACCAACAGUCCCGCCACCUGGUGUCGAAAUAAACGGAUCUGAAAAUAACAAUGGAAUCCCAGAAGUACCACCUGGUCCUGUUGUUGAAGAGAAUAAUGUAACACCUUCACCUCAAUUUGAAUCUGGAAAUGUAAACAAUGGUAUCCCAGAUGUCCCACCACCUGGACUUGAAAAUAAUAAUAGUAUACCAACUUCCCCACCAUCAGGUUUCACAGAUAGGAACCUGGGAAAUUCUGGAACUGAGACGUCUUUGACAACACUAGCGCCACUAACUCCCGUACCAAAUACGGGAUCAAGGAACAACUUGAAUUUCGGAACCGAAGGAUUAUUUUUGGAGACAUGCCAGACUCCUGAAGGCAGCGAGGGUAGCUGUGUCAACGUUUACCAGUGUGAACCGUACCUUAAAUUGCUCAAAGACGCCCAGAGAACCACUGCAGCGACACAACUCUUGAGGAAAGCGCUUUGCGGAUUCGAGGGCAAUAACCCUAAGGUAUGCUGUCCUAGACCAGGAAUCCCGACCGUUCCUCCAACACAAGAUCCUGUUACUCAAGCGCCAGUUACCCAAGCUACAACCUCCACUACAGAGGCCCAUUCUGGCAGGUCUUUGACUAAUGAGGAUUUUGUAGACGCGUUCCCGGAGUCCCCAGUCUGUGGCACGAGUAGCGCGCAGUUCUCCAAAGUCGUGGGCGGCGUUAACGCUAAGUUAGGUGACUUCCCCUGGAUGGCUCUGUUGGGGUAUUUGUUCCGCGGCGGUCCGAGUGUGGACUGGAAGUGCGGGGGCUCUCUCAUCACCACUAGGCACGUGCUGACUGCAGCUCACUGCAUCCAUGGUUUAGACAACUUAUACCUCGUCCGUCUUGGUGAGCUCGAUUUAGAGAAAGAAGAUGACGGAGCUGCGCCGAUUGAUGUCCUCAUAAAGACAAAGAUAGAACAUGAGAACUACAGCAGAAACUCACUUACCAACGACAUCGGUGUCCUAGUCCUGCAACAGGAUGUCACAUUUACAAAACUGAUCCAUCCAAUCUGUAUCCCGCUGGCUCCAGAGCUGAGAUCUAAUUCCUACGUCAACUACAACCCUCUGAUCGCCGGCUGGGGCAGUGUGUCCUAUCGUGGUCCUAGCGCGAGUCACCUGCAGGCGCUGCAGCUGCCGGUGGUGAGCAACGAGUACUGCGCGCGCGCAUACUCCGCCUACAAGGAGCAGACGAUAGACGAGCGCGUGCUGUGCGCCGGCUACGAGCUCGGCGGACGUGACUCCUGUCAGGGCGACAGCGGGGGACCCCUCAUGCAACCUGUCUGGAACUCGAAGAACUUUACAACAUCGAUGUACCAGAUCGGCGUUGUGUCGUACGGCAAGCAAUGCGCGCAGGCAGGAUUCCCCGGAGUCUACACCCGGGUCACACAGUUCAUACCCUGGAUACAGGAGAAAGUACUCGGAAAACGCACAUGAAAUUAAACAUUAACACCACCACUUCCACUAAAAACUAGCUACAUUUAAGACCCAUUUUCCACUAAGAAACUACUACUUUUAGUAAGAAAAUUGCGUCUUCGCCAGUGGAAACUAUCUUAAAAAUGUGACUCGCAACCAGUGAUAGUGGAAACUAGGUUUAACUAGCGGUUGUGAAUUGUGAUAAACUUUAAUUUAUAGAAGAGAACUUUGUUUUAAUAUUAAAAAUAAUGUAUUAUUAUUUUUUUAACUAAUAAAAUCUUAAUUAGCAGUA